AUGAGAUCCAGCCCGCCCACGCCACUCACCCCAGCUGUGCUGUCUGCAGAUGUUUUAGCCCCGCUGGGUGCCCCAGUAGAUCGGAUGGAGGCUAUCCGGGGUAUCUGGCAAGGAAGCUGCGUUGGUCUGGAUGAACAGCAGCAAGUGGAACUGUGGCAGGUUCUGUGGGAAUUUAAGGACAUUUUUGCACUCAGUGAAAAUGAAGUGGGCCUCACACACCUGGCGGAGCACUACAUUGACACUGGGGAUGCACGGCCCAUCAAAGUGCGACCCCGUCGCUUGCCUAUGAUUCGACAGGAGGCUGCUGAUCGUGAGGUUCAAGCCAUGCUGGAGGCGGGCAUAAUCGAGCCCUCAGACAGCCCAUGGUCUUCGGCUGUGGUCAUGGUCCCUAAAAAGAAUAGCUCAAGGUGGAGGUUUUGCGUGGAUUAUAGGCCCCUAAACAAGGUGACAAAAAAAGACUGUUACCCCCUCCCCCGAGUGGAUGAGACCCUGGAUUUGGUGUCCGGCUCCUCAUGGUUCUCAUCACUGGACCUGCGCAGUGGGUAUUGGCAGGUGCCCAUCACCCAGGAAUCCAGGCUAAAGACAGCAUUCAGCACCACCAGGGGACAUUGGCAGUUCAAGGUUCUCAGCUUUGGACUGUGUAAUGCGCCUGGGACCUUCGAGAGGCUUAUGGACAAUGUUCUGGCCAAGGUUCCUCGACAGGAGUGCUUGGUGUACUUGGACGAUGUCCUCGUCCAUGGGAGGUCCUUCGAGGCUGCGCUGGACUCCCUGAGGCUGGUGCUGGGAAGGAUUGCUGCUGCCGGAUUGAAGUUGCACCCGGAAAAGUGUCACUUUAUGCAGCGGGAGGUGGAGUUCCUUGGCCACAAAGUGAGCAGCGAAGGCAUCAGCACGCUCCAGGUGAAAAUUCAGGCUAUCAGGGACUGGCCAGUCCCAGAUAACCAGAAGCAGCUCAAGAGUUUUCUCGGACUGGCCUCCUACUAUCGGAGGUUCGUGAAGGGUUUUUCCUGCAUUGGAGCCCCUCUUUUCUGUCUCCUCCAGAACAACCAGCCUUUCAUGUGGACACCAAACUGCCAAGAGGCAUUUUCUACCCUUAAGCAGGCUCUCACAAAUGCCCCUGUUCUCACCACACCGGACCCCACUUUGCCAUUCUUGCUGGAUACGGAUGCCAGUGAUGUGGGAAUGGGAGCAGUGUUGGCGCAGGUGGGUCCUGAAGGGGAGCGGGUGGUGGCAUAUUUCAGCCGCGUUUUCAAUAAGAGUGAGAGACGCUACUGUGUGACCAGACGUGAGCUUCUGGCUGUUAUUUUGGCUGCCCGGCACUUCAAGUAUUAUUUAUGUGGUGUGCCCUUCACAAUCAGGACUGAUCAUGCAGCCCUUCAGUGGCUGGUAUCUUUCAGGGAGCCGGAAGGCCAGGUUGCAAGAUGGCUGGAGGAGCUGCAGUCUUUUCACUUCAGUGUCGUGCAUCAACCAGGGGCCCAGCACGCCAAUGCUGAUGCCCUGUCCUGGCGUCCAUGUGCAGUGGACGGCUGUAGCUACUGCAACCGCAGGGAUGCCAGGGAAAUGGAACUCAGGGGGGAGGGGUUGGCUGCUGAACAAACAUGCUGCUCUCUAGAGGCUGUUGGGGCUGCAGAUUGGGCCUCUCAGCAGGAAGACAAUAAAGAGUUGAAAUCUGUGCGGCAGUGGGUCCAAAGCGGAGUCAGACCGUCCUGGGAGGGGGUGAUGGGCCUGUCAGGGACUGUUAAGGGCCUGUGGAGUAAGUUUAGCAUGUUACACAUGCUAGAUGGGGUGCUCCAGCGGGCAUGGAAGGAGCCUGCCACCGGGGAAGAGAGAUGGCAGGUAGUGGUCCCCAAAACCCUUAGACAGACAGUGCUGAAGGCGUGCCAUGGGGGUACAGGCUCAGGACAUUUCGGGAGUACUAAGACCCUUCGUUGGCUGCGCCGGGGGGUCAGCAUCGCCGUGAUGUUGAGGAUUUCUGUCAGCGCUGCGAUGAUUGUGCAGCCUAUAAAGGACCCCUUGAUCAGUCCCGGGCCCCUCUACAGCAGCAAGCAGUUGGGGAGCCCAUGGAAAGGGUAG